GCCAACGGAGAAGCAAGCAGAGAUUUGCAGAUGGUGAGCUGGGGUCGCGUAGCAGACUUGACUCAGCGGACCAUAGUCUGGUCGAUGGUCGGUCUGACGGUGUACGCCGGCGUCAUUCUGACCAGGAGAUCCUACGGGAUGAUCCAGCGCCACAGGAAGAUAAAAUCCCUGGAACUCUCGCCUGCUGACGAGGGACUUCCCCAGGAAAUGAGUUUGGCUGUACCGGAGGCCAGUGAACAGAGAUAGUGUUCAAUUUGGCUCAAUAAAUAUCACUCUUGACAUAUACACACAAGUUCAUGACAAUAUUAUAGAAAGAAUGAGUUACGAUUUGACAAAAGCGUAGAGAAUAAAUAGGCUCUGAAGGAAAAUAAAUAUGCUCAGAAGAAAUGUGCACUACAUGACUACACACUUUUUCCCCUGACGACUGUCCUCUCCGUAUGUGAUUACAACUUGUCUACUUUUCCCGCUUCUUUUCCCCUUUCUCCUCCUCCGCUUCCCCCCGUGACCUUUCACCUCUGGUGUAG